UCCCUUCCUUAUUUUAUAAAGAGCCCUUCUUCGUUGUUCUCCGUUUCUUCCACACACCUCUUUCCAUUCUCCCCCAGGAUUGAUGGAGAUGGGAUUAUAAAAGUGGCUGAUUUUGGUCUCGCAGUUGAAGAAGUCAACUCCAAGGGAUACUUCAGACAAGACAAAUCCGACUGCGUCAGACUUCCGUUCAAAUGGAUGGCACUCGAGAGCUUACAAGAGGGAGUUUUUACUACCAAGACAGAUGUCUGGUCAUUUGGAGUAACGAUGUGGGAAGUAUUCUGUGGCGGUAGGGGUCCUUACCCCGGAGUGGAAGCACAUACCCUCCCAAAUCUACUCCAACAUGGACAUCGCCUGGAGAUGCCUAACAACGCAGCUUGCUCCGAACAA